CUUAGAAAAAGAAAAAAAUAAAUGCAUUUGGACGAAAAUGUAAUUGAUGUCAACAUCUUUACUCUCUUUCCUCCUAGUUGAUCCCAUAAAAGUUAGCAGAUGGGAGGUGAACUUUAUUGUUAUUGAAUAUUGAUGGCUUCACUAACCAUUUGUGUUAUUUUUCUUCUUGGGUUUUGGUAUAUACAAAGUAAUGGGCUUGGAUUUAGUUUAUCCAAUUAAUAAGCAUGGGUUUUAGUUUAAGAAGAUUAUGAGCCCAUUAAGUUUUAUUUUCACAUGGAACCAUGUAGCACGUUUCCUACGUAUGAAAUGAUUUUGCUGUAGCACAAGAGAGUUUUGGAUUAUUCAGCAUGUUACUUGGAUUAGUUACAUCACGUACAUAUGUACAUAUACAUAUACAUAGACAUUUCUUUUUCUUUUUCUUUUUCUUUUUCAUCCAAGGCAUUUUGGCAAGUCCCUGUAACUUCUUGUGUGUUGAAAUCGUCUCAGAAAUGACGGGUCAUUAUCAAGCGAGAUAUUGUCCAUUAGCAUGAAAUUUUGAAUUUUUUUGAAGCAUACUUUUACAACGAACGAAAAAAGAGCACUGUCGUUUUGUCUUGAAAUUAUCAAUAAGACAAAUUUCGGAUUCGUCAGAGCAGAUUAAAAUAAUAAAUGAAAGCAUAUAUGGAGCCCGGAGUAGGUAUGGGCCCAUAUUGAGAAAAUAGGCCCAUUAAGAAUACACGUAUAUCACGGAAAAGAAGGGAGAGAGUGUGAAAGCAUCAGAAAAGCAGAGAGAAAGAAAUGGGAUGCUGCUUGAGCGCCGGGAAAGUCAAAGCUCCGCCUGUCGCUGCCGCCGCCAAGACACCUCCACCCAUUGAAGAAGAAACCGUGAAGGAAGUCGUGGUCCAGUCAGUCUCUGUCUCCGUCCCCGUCCCCGUCCCGGUCCCUGAACCGGACCCCAUUCCCGUCGCCGACAUCGUCCCCACCGCACCAGAACCUCGCAACCCUCCUCCUUCACUUCCAACUCCGGAGAUCUCUCACAACAAGUCCGACACAUGUAGCGUCUCUCACAGUUUCUCCACGGCCACCACUGCUACUGCUGCCUCCAUCCUCGAAGACGACGCUGCCAGCAAACCCCACCACCGACAUCCUCCCCCUUCUUCCACCUCUCGCCGCAACAUGUCCGAAAGAAUCUCCAGAUCUCCGGGAGGACGCCACUCUCCCCAGGGGAAGCUCCGUCCCAGGUUGGUCCGAGAGAGACAACCUCUUCAACAAAACCCUACCCACAACCGGCGAAAGGCGGAUUCUUCGGGUCCUCUCCCAAGAACCGGGUUACAAGAAGGUCCGAGGCGUCGCUCUCGUUCUCCGGCGACUCGUGCCCCAAGUACCUCAAGAAGAAGCCCCAUGAAGAAGCGAGAAGCAGCUCCGGAGAAGGACGGAGGAGCAGAGGAGGCGAAGGUGAAGAAGGAAGAGGAGAAAGUAGCUGUUGAGGAGGUGAAGAAGAAGGAAGAGGAAGAUGUAGUAGCUGUGAAGGACCCUGAAGUGUCUAUGGAAUGUUUCAUCUUCCUCUGAUAUUCUGAUAUCUCAAUUAGUUUCCUCUUUCGUGAUUUGUAAAUUGCAGAAAUGUAACGACCUAACCAAAUCUUUGAGGAUCUUCAUUUAUCUUUGUUUAUUGACUUUUUUUUUUAAAGUAAAACCAAAGACUACGCACAACGCUUCACAAAAUUCCAUAGCUUUAUUCAUGGAGAUUGCUGCUCUUUUGCUCUGAUCUAAGCAGAAACAGAAGACACUGUUCUGUUAUAAAAACACUCUACUACAUAAACUCUUGUCUUUUUCCAGUUCUUAUUUUAAAAACAAAAAAAAAAGGUUCUAAUAAGAGAGUGAAUAACGGUAAAAAUUGAAAAUUCAAGAAGAUUUUUUUCAGAAUGAUCUUGAGUAGGAAGGAGGACAUGGCUGAGCAAUGAAGGUUGGAACCUCUUCUCCAGGCAUCAAUACUGAUAUUUCUCUCUCACACACACCAAUCUACAAUACAGUACAAAUACACUAGGUUAAUUAUGUGUGACAUCAUCCCAUAAAAGACAACCAGUGUGUAGACAAAUAAGUAGUGAAAAAGCCUCUUAUAACAUAACACUAUUAUUUUCAUUCUACUCGGUGAAUAUUCAAACCUCGUUGCAUGAAACAAGGGGUUUUGUAUCCCCAUAAAAAUAUUACUAUACGUUUAAUCUAAACCUGUUUUGGGACUUUGCAACAUUUCAAAGAUACGACAAAAAUAAAGCUUCCUCCAGCAUAAACUCGAUCUACAUUAUAGACAAAUCAAGCAAAGUCUUGACUAUAGACGUCAUCAAAUUGAUAUGAAUCGUCAGGAUUAAAAGAGAACAAAUGGUUUUAACUUCAUCUAAAGCUCAUGAGGAUGUAAACUUUAUAUAAACCAGCUUCAAGUGUUUCUUGACUAAGUUAAAAAUUGAACACAAGCGAAAACGUAGACAAAAGUGUAAAAGCAAAGAAGAGAGAAGAGGUGUAGUAAACCUUGGGGGAAGCGAAAGGAGGAAGCUUUGGGUGGAAAGGUGGUGGUGUAGUCUGUCGAAUGAACAUGAACCUCUCAAAGAGUGCGAGUAACAAGAAGAUGGAGAUUAAAACUGCGGUUGCCACCAAACAAAACGGCACCGCAUUCACCGAGCUCUGAACACGUCCUUCUCCUUCAUCCUCCGAUGCUAAAGGAGCCGUAGUUCCCCACCUUAGAUGGUUGUCGCUGCCAAUCAUUUGGAACUGGAAAGAGACUAGUGAACAAAGGAACAACAAGAAGGAGAAGGUAGUUUAAUCGCCAAAUAAGCUGUUAGUUGAUUAGUCAACACUACAUAUGGAUAUGUUGAGCUCUAUAUUGGGCCCUAUUAAUAUGGGCUUAUUUAAUGGGCCUGCCAAGCUUAGUUUUUUUGUAUCGCGCAGCGAAGUCGCGAGCGGAUAAGAAGAAGAAGAAGAAGAAGCAGAUCGAUCAAUCUCGGAGACAAUGGCGAGGAUUGAGCUCAUCGACGAGGAGGAAGAGGAUAAGAUGAAGAUGAAAACGCGAAGCCAUGGAUCGACGAAGCUAUUCGUGUUCGUUGACUAUCUUUUCAUCUUUAUAUUUUUCUGCUUCCUUUGUUACAUCAUCUUCAAGGUAUUGGGCGCGUGAACCUUACAUCGGUUUGCUUUGGACACGAAAGACCUUGUCUGUUUUCAUAAUCUUCAUUGUUUAAUGAGCUUCUGGGA